UCUAUGACUUGGCUAGGAAAAUAACCUCAUUCCAAAAUAAAUUAGCUUCAUCUCCACAAAAUCAAAUAUAACCACAAAUAGAUUUUAUGUGGCCUUCUUCUUCUUCUCCCUCCUCAUUAUUAUUGUGUUGAUAAUUUGGCCCUAAGCUACACAAUUUGCUGUUUCUAUAACAUCGACAAUUUGGAUGCCAUUCCCGCAUAUCACAUCACAAUUUGCUGUUUCAAUAACAUCGACAAAACCCAUUUCCUUAUUUCUCAAACAUAUUCCAAAUGAAGAAGUCUUUGGUCAAAUUUUCACAGAAAAUGGGGUUAUCCUUCACGAAGCUUUUUAGCCGGCUGUUUGCAAAGAAGGAGAUGCGAAUUCUUAUGGUAGGUCUUGAUGCUGCUGGUAAGACCACCAUAUUGUAUAAACUCAAGUUGGGAGAAAUCGUCACAACAAUUCCAACAAUUGGAUUCAAUGUGGAGACAGUUGAAUACAAAAACAUAAGCUUCACUGUUUGGGAUGUUGGUGGUCAAGAUAAGAUUCGACCAUUAUGGAGGCAUUACUUCCAGAACACUCAAGGGUUGAUUUUCGUGGUUGAUAGCAACGAUCGAGAUCGUGUUAUUGAGGCUAGGGAUGAACUGCAUAGAAUGUUAAAUGAGGAUGAGCUUCGGGAUGCGGUGGUGCUAGUUUUCGCUAACAAACAGGAUCUUCCGAAUGCUAUGAAUGCUGCUGAGAUAACUGACAAGCUCGGGCUUCACUCUUUUCGCGAUCGCCAUUGGUAUAUCCAGAGUGCGUGCGCCACCUCUGGAGAAGGCCUAUACGAGGGCCUCGACUGGCUCUCUAACAACAUUGCUAACAAGUCUUAAACAAGAAAGCUUGGAUGCAUUUUGGCUCCAACCUUGUUCGAGACUACCCUUUUCCCAUGCGAUCAUGUUACUUUUCAUAUAUAGUACUAUAGUAGUAUAUGUAGAUAGUGUUAUUCUAGAUAGUAUGUAUGUAUAAUUGAGUUUUAGGACUCUGCAAUUA